UUUGACGUUUGUGGGCGACUGGUAGUAAAAAAUUGGAGAAGUGAAUUUUAAUCUAUUAUAAAAAUUUCAUAAUGCACAUAUCUAUAUUCUUUUUACUGUUUAUUAUGGCAAAUAUAUAUGACUCAAGUUUAGCAGUAAGGAAGUAUAAAAAAGAAGAUAUUAUAAGACUCAGAGAAGAGGUACGAGAAAUGUUUCAGCAUGCAUACGAUAGCUACUUACGUUAUGCUUAUCCAUACGAUGAAUUGCGUCCCCUUAGCUGCGACGGUGUGGACACUUGGGGGAGUUAUUCUUUGACACUGAUUGACGCUCUAGACACUCUUGUGAUAAUGGGAAACUACACCGAGUUCAACAGAGUAGUGGAUAUUGUACUGCAGAAACAGAACUUUGAUAUGGACAACAAUGUUUCUGUUUUCGAAACUAACAUUAGGAUUAUCGGAGGAUUGUUAAGUGCUCAUUUACUGUCACACAAAACUGGAAUGAAGUUGGAACCAGGGUGGCCAUGCAAUGGUCCAUUACUAAGGCUGGCUGAGGACGUAGCUCAGAGAAUCAUUGCUGCAUUCGACACAACCACAGGAAUGCCAUAUGGCACCAUCAACCUGAGAUCUGGAGUGCCACCAGGGGAAACUACGGUGACUUGCACAGCUGGUGUGGGGACAUUUAUUGUAGAAUUUGGUACUUUAAGCAGACUCACUGGUGACCCACUGUAUGAAGAGGUAGCUUUACAUGCGCUUAAUGCCCUCUACCACCACCGGUCGCCUAUUGGCCUUGUGGGCAACCAUGUCGACGUUAUGACCGGACGCUGGACAGCACAAGAUGCUGGAAUCGGAGGCGGCGUUGAUUCAUAUUACGAAUAUUUAGUAAAGGGAGCAAUUCUUCUAGAGAGACCAGAACUGAUGUCGAUGUUCAUAGAAGCGAGGAAAUCUAUCGACAAAUACCUGAAGAAGGACGACUGGUUCGUGUGGGCGACCAUGUUGCGUGGUCACGUGACUUUGCCUGUGUUUCAGUCACUGGAAUCCUACUACCCAGGCCUGCUUAGCCUUAUAGGUGAAAGCGACACAGCCAUGAGGAUAAUACACAACUACCACAGUGUGUGGAAGCAAUACGGAUUCACUCCUGAAGUUUACAACUUGGGCACGGGUGAAGCGUCUACAUCCCGGGAAAGUUACCCACUUCGUCCGGAACUCAUCGAAUCGAUAAUGUACCUAUAUCGAGAUACGAGGGACCCAAUACUGUUGCAGAUGGGAGAAGAUAUCCUGAAGAGUAUACAGCAUAGUGCAAGGACACCGUGUGGAUAUGCUACGAUCAAAGACGUACGCGACCACCGCAAAGAAGAUCGCAUGGAGUCGUUCUUCCUAGCCGAAACGACUAAAUACCUAUACUUACUGUUUGACCCGGACAACUUUAUACACAACCCGGGUGUUAGCGGGAAGGUCAUUGACACUCCCAACGGCGAAUGUGUGGUAGACGUUGGCGGGUACAUAUUCAAUACUGAAGCGCACCCUAUCGAUCCUACUAUGCUUUAUUGCUGCCAUGAGCCGAGAAUAAAUAUAAGUGAAGUUCAUAGAAUUUAUCAAAUUUUAGAAGAGGAAGAAAAUAUUCAUUUUAUGACUAUGAUUGAAGCUACCAUAAAGAAAAAUGUAACAGAUGAAAUUACCGUCCAGACAAAUGACACAUCAAAUUCUGUAGAAUCAACUGUUAAUGAAAGAAAUACAAAUGACAAUAUCUUAAAUGAUCCAAAAGAGGAUCAAAAUCAAGUUCUUAUUAAAACUGAGACUAGGACAGGAUAUGUUAAUAUAGACGGCACCGAGAGAGAAAAAUCAAAGAAUGAAUCUAGUCUAAGAGAUAUAGUCAAAGAGCGUAUUAUCAAUUAUUACAAUAAAACCAUAACAAAAGCUGAAAUUACAGAAAUAACAUCUAAUGAAGACACAUCUAAAGCAGUAGACAAAAAUGUACAGGUUGAUGAUAUAAUCGUUCCCCAGAAACCUCAAGCUGCUGAGAAUUUACAACCGCCGAGCGUAACGAAAACAAAAGACGUAUACAAAAUGUUGCCAAAAGUAUUACAAGAUUUCCUUAACAAUGAAUGGAAAUUGAAACCCAAAUGCGAGCCGCAAAGGAUUUUGGAGCGGAUAAGAAAAGAGAGGAAGUACCCAGAGCACUCUGAUGUAAAUGAGUACAAAUUGCUGUUGACGCCGGCGCCCUCCUUUCUACAGAGGAUAUCGUUAGCAGGCGAAUUUCUUAGUAAAAAGCAAUUGGAAAUGUGAUCAUAAUCCUUUGUAUUAGGAAUGUAUUUAUUUUUUGUUAAAUUAUUACUGUUAAUAAAAGACUGACGAAGAAA